UACACCGCAAUAUAUUGCGAACUUUACAUUUCCACUUGAACAGCUGUUUUCAUUUAAACGCAAACAGACAAACAAAGGUUAAUUUUAUUUCAAUACCAUUGUAAAAAAACGAAGAAAUUGAAUUUAUGGAUGCUUCUGAAAUUUUAAUACAAAAUGUGGAUAAAACUCAAUUGCCCCCUUUACAUCAGAAACGGAUCUUGGCCUUUGUAAACAAUUUUCUCAUAAGUUCUUGUAGUUUUCUUAACGAAUUUGUGGUAAAAUGUGAGACCAAAUUUAUUGAAUUGGAACGUAAAUUACAAAAAGUGGAAGCUGCUUUAAUAAUUUUAGAAGCAAAGUUGGCUUCUAUACCGGAUGAGGAAUUUAAAGGUAGCGAAAUACCUGCCACUGAAAAAUUAGAGAAUGAAUUGGAAUCGUCUAGCAAAGAAAUGCCCUUCGAAAAAGAAGAGGAGGAAAAAGAGCAAGGCCAUCAAGGCGUCAAGGCAUGUGAUCAUGAACUAUUUAAGAAAUACUUUAAAAUGGUGCAAGUAGGAGUACCGACUCAAGCUGUUAAAAUAAAAAUGCAAGCAGAAGGAUUAGACCCAAACAUAUUAGACAAUCCGAACACCAGCAUAACAUCAAACACAGACAUAAUAAGCUAGUAAUGCAGCCACAAAACAUUAAAAUUUCAAUCGUUUCCAUAUUUAU